AUGAAGUUGGUUCGGUUUCUUAUGAACUUGCCGCUGGCAACCAACCAACCGGUUACAGUGGAAUUGAAAAACGGAAACUCCAUAAAUGGCCAGGUGCUUUCAUGCUCGCCUACUAUGAACUUAUCCAUGAAGAACAUCAAACUUAUACAACCUCACCAGGACCCACAGCUUAUGCCAUUCAUUAAUAUCCGUGGAAACCAGAUAAGGCAAGUUUUGCUACCUGACGAUCUAAAUAUUGAGAGCUUGCUUUCGAAAAGUGCUGUCAAGACGAAAGGACCAGGUGCUGGUCCUGGCAAACAGGUUGCCAAGAAGCCCUUCAGAAGAGCAGGCGGCAAGCGUGCCUUCUAA